UAUACUACGUUGUGCCGCUGACCCAAAUGAAUCCUGGCCGCCGCCAGUCAGUCCCGCUCCGGGCUUCUUCGCGGCAAUAUUGGUUGUUCGGCCGCGUGUAACCAGUCCCGGACCCACUUUGUCAAUUGUUUUUAACGCACAGCAAUCGCGAAAAGUGUUAAAAAUUGUUUUACAAAUAUUGUUAAUAUCUGUUUCCAUUCUUCUUCUUUACGUCGUGCAAUAAUUUUGCUGCAAAGUGAUUCUUUUCAAUAAACCCAAUAUAGUGUGUUGUAUUAUUAAACUUUGUUCAAUCUCGACAGUUCUUUUUUUUCUUUAUCAACGUAAAAAGAGUCAACAUUUGAGAUUUUUUUUUUUAUAUUUUUUGAAUACAUACCGAUGAUUUAUGUAUCUCCGCAGUGCGGCUCUCGUCGACGACCGAUCGAUCGGAGCUAAGAAAUCAACGAAAACAAAUUUCUCGCGACUGGUGUGUCGUGUGCGUGGCUAAAACGGAGAGCCCUGUUUUGUUCGCGAGUGAACGCGGAAUCGCUUCGCGCGCGCGAAAUUUUUUUUACAUCUUGUCAAAGAGAAAAGACGCGGUCGGAGUCUCGAUCUCAAAAUACCACACGUUGCAAGAAUCGGGCAAGAAGGUGCGGCGUUUCAUGCAUAAUGUAAGAGGGCCGAUGCCAAGAGAGCGAGGAAACAUCGCGGGAUAUAAACGGGAGAGGAGAGGACCAUCGGACAUUCGUGCGAGACACGCGCAUCUCGCGGGCUCGUCCUGAACGAGGAUGCGACAUUCCACGCCGAUCAUCAGUCAUUGACAUUCGGCAAGAUGCGAGGCGAGGUGGGCGAAUGGCUUGCAACGUGCGUAGGUUCGCCGAUAUGCAUCCUGCUGCUGUCGUGGUCUCUGUUGAUCUAUCAGAAUCAAUCAUCGUCCGUGAAGAGGAAGAUCGAUGUGCUGACAGUUGCCAUCCUCUCUCAAAGUCUCGCGCAUCAAUUGGGAUUGCUGCUCUACGCAAUCCUUACCUUAAUUCGUCCGACAAAUCACUUUGGAGAGUUAUGCUCGACGCUGGUCUGGGUGUUGAACUCGUCGAGCGUCCUGCAGGAGCUUACGCUCACGUCGAUCGCGGUGUUCGCGGCCAUCAGCAGUCGCGACGACGCCGUGAAUCUCACGAAGAAUCAUCUCAAGUAUCACUUGGUCAGUUUGAGCGUCAUUAGCGCCUGCAUCGGCAUAACCGGCGUGCUCAACUUCGAGCCGGAAGUCUGCGUCUUUCUGGCCCAAGAGAUCUCGCACAAGUACGGCAUCUUCGUCAAUUCUCUGAGAUGUUUGCUGGCGAUCACGUCCUUCCUCGGCUUGCUGGUCGCGCUUUUCAGAAAUCUCUGCCGUCCACCGACCUCCGAGCUGCUCAAGUCGGUCUCCGAUUUGUCCGAAGCGAGCUCAAAGAAUUCGUCGGGAGCGUUCGAGUGUCACCCGCAUCAUUGGGAUCCCUCGAGCGGAUCGUGCACCAGCGGUUCGACCAAUAGCAGAGCGUGCUUGAGGAAGAAGAAGAUACAGGUGGAUGAGGCCAGCGGCAGAUCUACCGCUUACAGCAUCCUCUUUGUCUGCUACGUUUUCGAGCAUCUACCUAUUCUGAUCAUCUCCAUCAGACCGAGUCUGCUGAGGAAUUUCUGCACUUCUCAAAACCUUGCGACGUGGCUGCCCCUGGUGAAGGACACUCUGCUCCCGAUCUUCUUGGCUCUCUUCGACAAGAUGUUCUGCCGAUACGUCGCCAAGGUGUACACGAAGCAGGAUCGCGCGAGGAGAUUGUCGCACGGCGGCAUAGACGGCAAAUUUCGUCACUUCGAGCAGGACACCGAGUAUAAAUUGCAGUUGAACCUGAACCACGGACUGAAGUUCCCCCUGACCAACGGAAGCCUCUACGGACGGUUGCACAGCCAUCAGAGCAGAGCGAAGAACGGUACGAUCACUAUGGGAAUCCAGCAACACUAUCCCGGCAGCAGAACGCAACCGAUGAACGCAACCGACGACGGCAACUACACGUCACUGCCUGCGGAAUUGUCGUCCUUUACGAGUUCGACGUUUGAACCGCGUCAGCAAGACAGGAUUCCCGAACCGCCGAGAAAGAACUCGGUAGAGCAGCAACAGCAACAGCAGCAGCAGCAGCAGCAACAGCAGCAGCACAGCAGACGGCCACGACCGAACGAGAAUCCGCACGAGAACCUGCUCGUCGGCAAUCGCCGAAAGAUCGGCAGCACCGACGUCUUCGGCCAGAACAUGGAGAAUCUGGUGCAGCUGGACGAUCCCGCAUCAAAUCAUAGAAAAUUUCAGGCCAAGAGUCUGGACGAGAUUCGCGAGGAACCAAUCAGACGACACGCCAGAAGCGUGCUCGGUCUCGAGAAUCUGAUUGUCGGUUUGGAGAACGGUCUGCAGGAGCAGCCGUUCUAUCCCAGAAAUGUCCUGCGAAGAAAUCAGAGCUUCGACCACGCCAGAUAUCAUCGACCGAUGUUCGAUGCAAGAACCUAUAACUUGAAAAAAGACAAUCACUCGGUGAGAGAGACUCUGCAGCAGAGCCUUCAUCAAAACCUUCAUCAGAGGCAAGAUAGCCAAGGUGAUGGAUAUGAUAGCUCCGAUGACGAGAGUUGCGACCUGGAUAACGGCGACUUCGACACUAUGAGUUCCUGCAGGAGCAGAAGCAGAAGCUGUUGCUCCGUCACCACGGUCGCCAAUGACGAUUUUGAAUAUUUUCAACGCAAAGGAACGAAGGUGGAGUUGCUGCCCUCGAAGCGAGUCAGCGAGGUAAAGGUCAACAUGCGAUCUUUCACGCCGCGUAUCAUAGAGAACGGUACGGAGGAUCGAGAAGAGAUCAAGAAUUACGUUAGCGGCACAAAGCUGCCGUCUGACACGAAGCCCAUUAUACAUUCCUAUCAUCUUAAGACCAAAAGAAUCGGACCUGGUUACUCGAUGAACGAUCUGGACAAACUGAUCGUCGAUAGGAAACUGCCUAACUUCUCGAUGGAGAGCCUGAAGAGCAUUUUGAAAAAUUCGGACGUGAGUUAUCUGGAUAACGGCGACAUAUGCAAACACGACAUAGGCGGAUCGGCGCCGGAUUUCAAGAAGAUCUUCGUCACCGAGUUCAUAUGAAACAUAAAAAAUAGAGCACGUUGAUAAAAAAGUUGUAAAAGACUUUUUUAUCCGCAUUCAUUCUCUUGUGAUAUAGCAUGUGUUGACAACGUAGAAAAUUUUGCGCUUCGCAUGGUCAAAAAAAAAAAAAAAACUUUUCUAAUUAGAUGCAGAAAAUUCGAAAGUUUCCUCCCUCUCGGCGCGAGAUUUUAUGAAAGUAUUUCCGAGUUCAUUUUUUCACGACGAGAUUCUAAAAAAAAACAUGCGUAAACUAGAAAAAAUUAGAUUUACAACGAUCGCAUAAUCUGUGUUAAUUUUAUUAGAGAAAAAAUGUUAUCAAUGUUAUCAAUCAAAAAUGUUAAAACCAUCUUUAACGCAUUUUUUGCGCGAGUUUUCCACGCACAAACCUUCUUCAUGUUUGUAAUAUCAAUUCUAAAUUUUAUAUAUAACUGUUUGUUUUUAUAAGUGUCGCAUUUUUGAAUUUGUUAUUUAAGUAUACAGUGAUGUUGUUACCGAAUUUACAGAUGAAUGUAAAUGAAGAAUUUUAUCGCAGACGCUCUCGAGCGUCGUGUCUAUAUAUAUAUAUAGUUUUUUUGUAAAACUAUUGUAAAAUACUUUUGCAAAAUACGUAGCAAAUUUGUUUCGGAUGGGGAGUCAAUUAUAUUAAUGUAUCUUGUAAAUAUUUUGUAUAUUUGUACCGCAAAUAAUUUAAAUAUAGCGAUUUUGUAUACAAUUACGCGUGGCUCCGUGACGUGUGUUCAUGGCGCGGAUGAUUUGUUACGGAAUGACGAGCGUAUUGUAUAAUUACUUGCAAAUAUAUCUUACUUCUGGGUUUAUGCGUAAAGAUAUAAAUUUCCAGCAGUUGUUUGUUUUAUUUUCCUUCUUUAAAAAUAGAAAAUUAAUAAAAAACUAAUUUUAAAAAACUAAAACUUUCCCGUUGUUAUAAAUUCCCAUCGACCAGACAAGUGUCACUGACCGUGUGGUAAUUUAAAAAAUAAUUAUAUAACUAGGGUAUAAUAAAUAA